AUGUCCUCAGACGACGCUUACAUGUCCUUCCUGGACAAGGCCAACUCGGACCUCAACGCCGGCCGCGCUCCGCAGCAAGGGGCCAGCGGCACCGCCCGGACUGAGACCGUGGAUGCCACCACCCAGAUCCCCGCGCCGCUGCAGUCCGUCGAUGCCUACUACAUUUCUGACGCAGACGAGCCGUUUGAGCCCGUAGCCCUGCGGUGGGAGGGCGCGUCGAAAGGAGUGUGGCCUAGUGCAGAUCAACUAUCCGGCCUGAUCUCUCCCGAUGCCGAUCUCUCCCAGGCUAUUUCAACCCUGACUCCGACCUCCUUCGACCCGAAGAAUCAGUAUGCCUCCGUCCUGCAUGCCGUGCGCUCUGCGGCCGUUGAGAAAGACUUGGACGCCGAUCAGUCGAACGUCGAGGUCAAGGUGUACCGGGUCGAGCUCACCAGCACAAAACUGGAGUAUUGGGUGCUGGCGCUGGACGCACCGGGGGGUCGUGUGGUGGGGCUACGGGCGAAGGCGUUUGAGUCGUAA